AUGACCUCUUCUCUGUGACAGCGUCUCCUUAGCGACAACACCACAGAAGCACUCAGAGCAGGAGCUAACAUCACAGACAGGCGAGCUUUGAAACUACCCUACAGCUUAUUUUGCUGUUGUUUAGCCUGUACUAGCAGCUAUCAGUCAUGCCGAAGAAGAAAGUCACCAAAGUAAAGAAGGCCAAAGCCGGGAAGGGAAAGAAAGACUCCAAACAGGAGUCUAAAGCGGACAGGGAGUCUGACAUGGAGAAAGCCCGAGCUAACGCAGCUCUAUGGCAGCUCAGGUUAGAGGCCACCGAGCAGUCGCUCGCGCAGUACCGCGAGGCCUGCCACAAGCUGGCACGCGCUAACGAGGAGCUCACCAACAAACUGUACCGCGCGGAGAAGGACUCAAUCGAUAUGACUGACUUUAUGAACAGACAAGAAGCUGCUAAAGAGGAAGAGAUUAACAUGCUGCAAAAAAGUCUCAAAACUCAACAGUUGUUGGCGCGUGAAGAGAAAAACAAGCAGGCUGAAGAUUACACUCUCCAAAUCAAUGAGAUGAAGGAACUGUUCAGAAAGAGGUCCAGUGAUUUUGACAGGAUCCAGGAUGGGUUUAGGGAAAUAAAGGAGUUCCAGAAGAUGAAAUAUCAGAUGGAGCAGGAGCUCAGUGAUAUGAGAGAAAGCAAGGCUGCUGCUGAGAAGGAAUUCAAGGAAAACCUGAACCAUAUGGAGUGUAAAUUCUUACAGGAAAAGGCUCAGCUGGAGAGUGAAGCUGAGGAGAGGAUAGCUGUGUUUGUGAAGAAAGCCCACAGUGAAGCCAUCACGCAGUUGGACGACUCCUUACGCUCCGUGUUCAGGGAGAACGUCCGCCUCAAUGAAGCGCUGAAAUAUCACAUAAAAGAGACAGAAGAGCUUGAAAAAGUGAGAAACUCACUGACAAAGGAAAACGCAUCCCUGAUGCUGGACAAGAACACAUUUGAGUUGACUGUAAAGAAGAACGCAGCUCAGAUGAAGGCCCAGAAAGGAGAGCUCUCUCACCUGAAGGCCAAGGUAGCAUCCCUGGAGAAAUCCUUGGAGGUAAAAGCUGAGGAAUCAAAGCGAGAGAUGGAGAGGGAGAAAGAAAAGACUCUAGUUAUGACCCAGGCCAGCCAGGUAGAGUUGGAGAAGCUGCAGAAGGUCCUUGCCAUGCGAGAGAGGGAAUUAGGGCGCAUCAAGAGGUUAGCGAGCAUCAUUGUGGAGCAGCGCACAGAGCUGGAACAGUUCUUCCACGAGGCCCUGGCUCAGGUGACGGAGGAAAUCACGGCCAGCAGGCUGCAGUACAAAAAAGAGGCACAGCAGGCUUACCGCUGGAGGAUGAGAGAAGCCACAGCCGGAAGGCUGAUUCCACCAAUCCGCACCUUUCAUAAAAGCCCCAGCAGUACCAACUCUGUGUAUGCAGACAUGGAGGCGGCUGCACAAUGGACUCAUCAGCCAGGCAGCAAAGUCGAAAUCUCAGAUCUCACCUGGGAGCAGAAGGAACAAGUGCUAAGGCUUCUCUUUGCUAAAAUGAAUGGACGGGCCACAAGGAAAGUGAGCCAACAUAUGGCUUUAUCUGCAUCCACUGAGAAGAACAGCAUCAUUGACAGCGAUGCUGCCGGAGUUAGAGAGGAGCCCCCAGCGAUUUUCAACACAGAGGUGCCUGAGCCUGCUCUGCCCCCAAACCCAAACAGUCUACCGGAUAUUCACACCACAUGACCUCUGUUUAACCUCUGCAGAGCACACUGAGCUUUUGCCUUUGUUUUAAGCACUUCCCACAGACAGUCUAUCAUGUUUACUGUUGAACAUUAAUGCUGUUUAGGCCUGUUUUAUAUAUAUUAAUGUGCAUGUAUUCACAUCUUGUGAGUAUUCUAAGUUUGUUUUAUCUAUUUAAGAUAUUUUCUAUUUUUAUCUCUUGUAAAAAAACUACUUUCUGAAGUUUUGAUCCCAAAAUAUGCUUUAGAGAAUAAACAAAACUAAACUGGAUGCUGGGGCAGUUAAACACAGAGCAUAAAUCACAUGUGAUAAUUAUACACACUAUGCUAAAAUCCAUUGUAGUUUUGAAACUGAUGUGUUUUAGUAACCUUGCAAAGCAGAUGGAUACACCCGUUUCCGUCCGUGUUUCUCACUUGCAAAUCCAUCUGGCGUGUCA